AUGGAGCAUAACGAUUGUAAAAAUGCAAGGCUGAGAAGGAAACUGGUUCUACAACAGAGGUUCAAUGCAAAAAAUCAUCAACAUUCAUAUGACAAAGAAGAGAAUGCAAGAAAGAAAACUAAAUUUGUAAACCAUACGUCUCAAACUUUUAACAAUAACAGUCAGAGAAAUUAUGGACAAAAUAGAAACAAUUCCAGUGCAGGUGGGAGAUCAGAUGUUGUAACUGGGUCGCAUUCUGUUUCUAAGAAUAAAGUUGUGAAAUAUCCUUUUCAAGUCAUACAAUCACUUCAAAACAGAUUCAAUCUUGAUGAUGAAACAACAAGACAACAUAAUUAUUCAGACACAACAAACGAUGAUUCAGCAACAAUAAGAGAUGAUGAAUUGCUCAAUAUUGGAGAACCUUGCUUGGAAUGCCAAUACUGUAAAGCUCAACUUUGGUAUGAAGAAAGAGCAGAAAAAUGUAACACAUCAAAGGGAGUUGAAUUCUCAUUGUGUUGUCAAAAGGGAAAAGUACAAAUUCCACUAUUAAAAAGACCACCUAAUCUUCUUGAAGGUUUGUUAAAUGGUGAAGAUCAGAGAAGCAAAUCAUUUUUACAAAACAUAAGAGUAUACAAUAGCAUGUUUUCAUUUACUUCAAUUGGUGGUAAGAUUGAUAAUUCAACGAACAAUGGUUCUGCUCCUCCACAAUUUAUUCUGAAUGGACAGAACUAUCACCGUAUUGGCAGUUUAUUGCCAGAGCAUGGAUCAAAGCCAAAGUUUGCACAGCUCUACAUAUAUGAUACCGAAAAUGAAAUGACUAACAGAGUCAACCAUUUCAGUUCAAACACAAAGGAAUAUGUUAUAGAUGAAUCAUUGGUUGCUGAUUUGAUUCAAAUGAUUGACAAUCACAAUGUUCUUGCGAAAACUUUUAGAAGAGUAAGAGAUUUGUCACUGGAACAUAUGGAAUCCGAUUUCACGCUAAGACUAUUUAGAGGCAGAAACAAAGACCCUAGAGUCUACAAUACACCUUCAUGUGAUGAAAUAGCUGCACUUAUAGUUGGUGAUUUUGGCAAUAUGGAUGUAGGCAGAGAUAUAGUGGUCAAAAAAUGUUCUGGUGAAUUAACCAGACUGCACGAAACUCACACAGCUUUCAUUCCACUGCAAUAUCCUCUCAUGUUUCCAUAUGGAGAAGAUGGUUAUCAAGAGGAUAUACCAAUAAGAGAAUGUCAUUCAAAAACAAAAUCCAGGGUAAGAGUUAGAAUUUCUUUGUUGUCAUUCAUCAGAGUGAAUCAGAAGUUAAUUCGCUGUGAUAUUCUUAAUGGAUUACAAGAAGCUGUUAAUAGAGGAGAGACAGAUCCUUCUUUAAUUGGAAGACGUAUUGUCUUGCUUGCUUCUUUCACCGGUGGUACCAGAUACAUGUUCAACAAUUGUCAAGAUGCUAUGGCAAUUUGUAAAAAAUUUGGAUAUCCGGAUUUGUUCAUUACUAUAACAUGCAAUGUCAAUUGGAGUGAAAUCAAAGAAUUUGUCUUAGCAAAAGGCUUAUUAGCUUCGGAUAGACCUGAUAUUGUAUGUAGAGUGUUCAAAAUGAAGCUGGAUGAAAUGAUGACAGAUUUUAAGAAAAAGGACUUCUUUGGAAAAAGCACUGCAGGAAUGUACACAGUAGAAUUUCAAAAAAGAGGUCUACCUCAUGCACAUAUACUUUUAUGGUUGGAUGGAGAAAGCAAGUUGAAGAAUUCAACUGAUAUUGAUAAAGUAAUAUCAGCUGAAUUGCCAAAUUCUGAUUUGUACCCCAAAUUGGAAAAAGUUGUCUCAAGUUACAUGAUUCAUGGACCAUGCGGACCUGCAAGACAUAAUUCACCUUGCAUGAAGGAAGGAAGAUGUUCUAAAUUUUAUCCAAAAAAAUUCACAUCUUCGACUUCAAUUGAUGAAGACGGAUAUCCAUGCUAUAGAAGACUUGAUAAUGGUAGAUUUGUUGAGAAGAAUGGAAUUAAGCUGGACAAUAGAAGUGUUGUUCCCUACAAUCCACCACUUCUAAUGAGGUAUCAAGCACACGUCAAUACAGAGUAUUGCAACAAGACCAAUUCAAUAAAAUAUUUGUUCAAAUAUGUGAACAAAGGUCCGGACAGAGCUACUCUUAAAAUAAGCAACAACUCUGCACAGUCUGAAAAAUCAACCAUUAUUGAUGAGAUCAAAAGGUAUUACGACUGUAGGUAUCUAUCACCAUGUGAAGCUGCUUGGAGAAUAUUUUCUUUUGACAUCCAUCACAGAUGGCCUCCUGUUCAGAGAUUGACCUUUCAUCUUCCUGGCCAACAAUCAGCUUUGUUUAAAGAUGAUGAUGAUAUUAAUGUGAUCUUCAACAGAUACGAAAAUGCUAACACAAUGUUUCUAGCUUGGUUUGAGGCUAACAAAGUUUAUGAGGAAGGAAAACAAUUGACUUAUUCAGAAUUUCCAAGCAAAUUUGUGUGGUUUGCCAAAGAAAAAGAAUGGAAACCAAGGAAGAAAGGCUACAACAUUGGUAGACUUACUUAUAUUCCUCCUGGGUCUGGAGAACUUUAUUAUUUGAGGAUAUUACUGACCAUUCAAAAAGGUUGUAUUGAUUAUGAAAGCAUUAAGACAAUUGAUGGAAAGUAUUAUGAAACAUACCAAGAAGCUUGCUAUGUUUUGGGAUUGUUGGCUGACGACAAAGAAUAUAUUGAUGCAAUCAAAGAAGCAAGUGAAUUUGCUUGUGGGUAUCAACUUAGAAGAUUAUUUGUUACUUUGUUGUCCAUGAAUACAAUUUCUAAACCAGAUAUAGUUUGGAAUUCUACUUGGAGUAUCUUAUGUGAUGGAAUUUUGUACCAAAAAAGGAAGGAGAUGAACUUACCAGGUCUUCAAAUUGAGACUGCUGAAUUACAAAAACUAUGUCUGCUGGAAAUAGAGGAAAUGCUAAUGUCAAAUGGUAGAAGUUUGAAAGAUUAUCCUUCAUUACCUCAACUUGAUCUUUCAAAUGUACAUACAUUCAAUAAUAGAUUUAUUGUUGAUGAGCUGCAAUAUAAUAAACAAGACAUGGCGAAAGAACAUGACAGUUUGUUUAAAGCACUGAAUGAUGAACAAAUUGAUGUAUAUCAGGAUAUCAUGACAGCAGUUCUUUCAAAGAAGGGAGGAUUCUUUUUCUUAUAUGGCUAUGGUGGUACAGGUAAGACUUUUAUGUGGAAGACAUUGUCGGCUGGUCUAAGAAGCAAAGGCAUGAUUGUUUUGAACGUAGCAUCAAGUGGAAUUGCUUCUUUAUUACUUCCUGGUGGAAAAACAGCACACUCUACCUUUUACAUCCCACUGUUAAUUAAUGAAGAAUCAACUUGCAACAUAGCACAAGGUAGUCUUAGGGCAAAACUUCUUAUGGCUACCAGUUUGAUUAUCUGGGAUGAAGCACCAAUGAUGAAUAGAAUGUGUUUUGAGGCAUUUGAUAGAACACUAAGAGAUAUUAUGCGAAAUGUUGAUGAUGCCAAUAAAGACAAACCAUUUGGUGGCAAAGCAGUUGUGUUAGGAGGUGACUUUAGACAAAUUCUACCAGUUAUCAAAAAAGGAUCUAGGUUUGAUAUCAUAAAAUCAUCAAUCAACUAUUCAGAGUUAUGGAAUUGUUGUAAAGUGCUAAAGUUAUCCAAGAACAUGAGAUUAAGUACUACAUCAAAUACUGAAACAGCCAAUGAUAUUCAAGAAUUUGCUGAUUGGAUUUUGAAGAUUGGAGACGCAAAAAUGGAUCUAAAUGAGAAUGGUGAGUGCAUGGUUGAAAUUCCCGAACAGAUCCUGAUUACAAACACAGAUUUACCUUUAUUGUCAUUGGUUGAAUUUGUCUAUCCUCAAUUUGUGGUUAACAUGUUGAAUCCUAAUUAUUUUGAUGAUGGAGCAAUUUUGUGCCCAACAAAUGAUUCUGUAGAGCAAGUAAAUGAUUUCAUGUUGUCCUUAAUUGGUGGUGAUGAGGUGACUUAUUUAAGUUCAAAUACACCUUGCCAAUCUGAUGAACAAGAUGAAGUGCAAUCUGAAUGCUUUACAUCUGAAUUUUUAAAUGAUAUCAAAUGUUCAGGGAUACCAAAUCAUAAACUGAAGUUGAAAACAGGUGUUCCUAUUAUGCUCUUGAGAAACAUUGAUCAAGCAAAAGGUAUAUGCAAUGGCACAAGAUUGCAAGUCAACCAUUUAGGCAAGAAUGUAAUAUGUGCAACUGUAAUUACUGGAAAAAACAUUGGUGACAGCAUUUUUAUACCAAGAAUGGAUUUAGUGCCAUCUGAUUCAGGGUUGCCUUUCAAAUUUCAAAGAAGACAAUUCCCGAUAUCUUUAUGCUUUGCAAUGACGAUUAACAAAAGUCAAGGACAAACACUUUCUAGAGUCGGCCUUUAUCUUCCACAACCUGUAUUCACACAUGGCCAACUAUAUGUUGCUAUUUCUAGAGUCAAAACCAAAAGAGGAUUGAAAAUACUUAUAUUGGAUGAAGAUGGAAAGGUAACAAACACAACUAAAAACGUUGUGUACAAAGAAAUUUUUUAA